AUGAUAAUUUUCCGACGAAAUCAUUUAUUCGUUGCACCACAAAAACAACGAUUACGAUUAUUAUUAUCACUCAUAUUGCUGCAUUUAUUGCAACAAAAUGUGAUAAUUGCAACAAUUUUUACGGAUAAUACCGUUGCUCUUAUAUCGGUGUUUUCGGUUAUCAGUGCUACGGUUAUCAGUGCUGCAACUGCUACUACUAUCACUACUAUUACAACUGCUACAGAACAAGAAAACGUUAUGAAAAAUAUUACUGCUUCACAAUAUUCAGUAUCAGAUAUUGGUUUAGACUGUGCACAAGGAUGGGAGAAAUACAGGUCGAAAUGUUUUCGGGUAUAUACAAUUGAACGAUCAUGGCCACAAGCAUUAUUAUUUUGUUCCAGGUACGGAAGUAAACUUGCUCGUAUUGAAUCAUUUGGCGAAAAUAGCUUUUUGCAUCGUUUAAUCAAUCGACAACAAAAAAUUCUUUCAAUAAAUCGUAGCGAAUUUUGGAUUGGUGUUGUUGCACAGCAAACCGAAGAUGAAGAUCCAUAUUUUUUAUGGUCUGAUGGUACCAUGACAUCACGUUAUGUUGGUUUUUGGAAUGAUGGACAACCAGAUUAUAGAGCUGGAACUUGUGCAAAGGUGUCGAUCACAACAACUGAUGGACUACGGUGGAGUUUAGAAAUGUGCAAUACACUAUUACCAUUUGUAUGUGAAUUACCUGCAUGCAUGAAAGGUUCAUUUUUUUGUCAAAAUGGCAACUGUGUAUCACAUUCAGCUCAUUGUGAUGGUAUCAAUGAUUGCGGUGAUUACAGUGAUGAAUUCAACUGUCCCGCAUCACCAAAAGUGAUCGCAUGUUUGAAAUAUGAAAAAGGUGAAUCAGGUAAAAUACAAUCACCAAACUAUCCGUCACCAUAUAAUGCCAAUGCGAAUUGUCGUUGGGUCAUCGAAGGACCAAUCAAUUCACGGAUUCAUAUAACAUUUGAUGCAUUCGAAACGGAAGAAUAUGAAGAUUUUGUAACAAUUUUGGAUGGUGGCCCAGCUGAGAAUUCAUCGGUUGUUAUUGCUAUACUUUCCGGAUCAAAAAAGCCUGAAACAUUAAUUUCAAGUACCAAUGUAAUGGUUGUAAGAUUUAGCAGUGAUGCACAAAUUGUGGCACGUGGAUUUGAAGCAAGUUGGAGAGCCGCAAGUGUCUCUUGUGGAGGUGUAUUAAAAGCUCAGCCAUAUGGACAAACAUUUACUAGCCCAGAUUAUCCAAAGAAUUAUCAGAAUGGUGUAGAAUGUGUGUGGAAGAUUGAUGCUCAUCCAGGACAACUUAUUUCACUCGAUGUAGGAGAAUUUGAUUUGGAAAAAGUUAAUGAUUUCUUACAAAUUUAUGAUGGUGGUACACCGUUAGCACCGGUAUUAGCACGUUUAACCGGAACAAUCACAAAUCCUCAAUUAAUCAUUUCAACCCAAUCACAAUUAUAUAUUUAUUUUUAUUCAAAUUUUGCUCGAAAUGGACGAGGAUUUAGUAUAACAUAUAAGCGUGGAUGCUCAAAUCGAAUUCGUUUAAAUGAGGGAAUUAUAACAUCACCUGGUUAUACUCGAAUACCAUAUCCGAAUUCUCAGAGAUGUGUUUAUACUGUGGAAUUACCAGAUAGAAAUCCGGAGCAACCUACAGCAUUUGCUAUUAAUAGUUUUGAUGUUGCAGAGGAUGAUCGUUUAUUGAUGUUCGAGGAAAUUGAAGGUGGUCGAGCUUUACAUCCGGGUGAUGGCUUUUCCGCUGUUUCCCGACCUCCGAAAAGUAUUUUUGCUCAAACCGGAAUUGUUCAAAUUGUUUUUAUUACUAAUUCAAUCAGGAAUGAUCUCGGAUGGAAUAUUACUUUCUCAACCAAUUGUCCACCAUUGCAAACACCAAAACUUGUAUCAUUAUCAACAAAAGCAUCAGCAUUUGGAACAAAAGUAACCGCAUCAUGUCCUCGUGGCUAUGAAUUUCGUACUGGACGUGGACAGAUGUUCGAUAUCACCUGUCAGCUAGGCGGAAAAUGGACUGAAGAUCAUAUUCCAGAUUGUCAACCGGUUUAUUGUUCGGCUGUUCCACAAAUUGCUAAUGGAUUUGCAUCGUCGGCAACAAAUGUUUCAUACGGUGGAUCAGCAAAGUAUACAUGUUAUGAUGGUUUCGAUUUUUCGAGUGGUAAAGAAUCAGGUGAAAUUUAUUGCACCGAUGAAGGACGAUGGACUCUACCACCAUCCUGUAAAGCAAUGACAUGUCCUGCAUUGGCACCAUUUUUGAAUGGUGAAAGAAUAUUGGAAUUUGGAGACGGUACUGGUUAUGGUACGGUAUUUCGAUUUGAAUGUGUUGCUGGAUUUCGAAGAAUUGGUGCUGCAACACUUCUCUGUCUAUCCACCGGUGAAUGGUCAUUCGCUCAACCGUACUGCAAAAAAUUAGCAUGCACCAAUGUACCAUUAAUAACUAAUGGUAUUGUGGUAACGGGUGAACGAUUUGAAUUUGGUGAUUUGGCUCGAGUUGAAUGUCAACCGGGAUUUCGUACCGUUGGAGCUGAUUCUUUGAAAUGUCUUGCUAAUCAAACACUUAGUGAUGUACCAGAAUGUCAGGAUAUUGAUGAGUGUGCUGAAGGAUCAGCUAUUUGUAGCAUUCAAAGUACGAAAUGUGUUAAUAUGCCGGGUGGUUAUCAUUGUCAAUGUCUUUCUGGAUUUCAAGCACAAUUAUCAUGUAGUACUGCUUCAGUUUUAAAUUCUCUUACUGCUGAAGGAAGCAGCGAAAUGGAUGGCUUUCGUGCUAAAGAUUAUGCAACAACAGGUUGGUGCGCAAAUCCUAAUGAUACCAAUCCAAAAAUUACGUUUGUUUUUGCCGUACCAAAAGUUAUUGAACGAAUACGUGUGGAAAAAACGAUAAAUGGUGCUUAUCCAACGGUUAUCGGUUUGAAAUAUUCAAAUCAUACCGGUAUCCCAUUAAUACCAUUUACUGCUGCUAAUAUUACCAAAUUGAUAACUCGAAAUGUAGCAAUUGUUGGUGGUGAAUUACUCGUCUUAUCGCAAGCAAUUGAAGUUCGGGUACUCGAACUUACAAUUGAAGAAUUUUCCAAUAAUGCAUGCAUGAAAUUGGAUAUUCUUGGUUGUCACAAAACAAAUUGUUUCGAUGUGAAUGAAUGCGAGCAAAAUAAUGGUAAUUGUGAACAAAUAUGUACGAAUUCACAGGGAUCAUAUCGUUGUGCAUGUGAAAUUGGUUUUGAUUUACUUACCGAAGAUGGCCAGGGUGGUGUUCAUAUAAAGGAUGGUGAAACAGGCUUCAAUGCAUUAGAUGUUAUCCGAUAUAAUCAAACAUGUGUACCACGUGUAUGUGCUAAUUUAUCAUCACCAAAAAAUGGAUUACUUCUUUCAACUGCAAAAACAUUCCAUUAUCCAAUGGUUGUACAAUUUCAAUGUGAUUUUGCCUAUCAAAUGAUGGGUGCAAGCCAUUUGAAAUGUAUGCAAGAUGGUAGUUGGAAUGGUACAGCACCACUUUGUCUUCCAGCGACAUGUCAAGGUGUACGUAAUAAUUCAGCGAUUGGUUUGUUCGUUGCACCUGAAAAUAGUACUAUUGCAUAUGGACGCAAUGUGUCGAUCGUUUGUAGUCAACAAAAUCGACCAGCAAGCAGUUCGCUAUUAUCAUCAUUUCGUCAAUGUAUUUAUGAUCCACAAGAAGAUGGCCGAGAUUAUUGGUUGUCAGGACCGGAAAUUGAUUGUCCUUUGGUAGAUUGUGGUCCACCACCAUCACUUGCUGGUGCUAUUUAUGAAGGAGACGAUUACUCUUACAAAGUAGGAUCGGCAUUUACAUUCAGCUGUAGACCACCGUAUAGUUUAAUCGGUAAAUCCAGUUAUGAUGAUAGAACUAUUCGAUGUAAUGUUGACGGUAACUGGGAUCUUGGAGAUUUGAGAUGUGAAGGACCGAUUUGCGUUGAUCCCGGAUUUCCGGAUGAUGGUCAAGUCCAAUUGGAAUCAGUGGAAGAAGGCGCACAAGCAAAAUUUACUUGUAAUCGAGCUGGUUAUAAGCCAUUUCCAUCUGAUACAAUUAAUUGUACACUUGGAACAGCUUGUGUCUUAGCGGAAGAUGUUGGAAUUUCAUCCGGUUUCAUUCCGGAUGGUGCAUUUGCCGAUAAUUCUGAUUCGACCACUUGGGGUUAUGAACCUCAUAAGGCUCGAUUAUCAUCUACUGGUUGGUGUGGUUCUAAAGAUGCCUUUAUCUUUCUUUCCGUUGAUUUACAACGGAUCUACACAUUAACAACACUGCGUAUGGCUGGCGUUGCGGGUAGUGGUCAUUUACGUGGUCAUAUUACCAAAAUGCAGUUAUUCUACAAAGUUCAAUAUAGUCAAAAUUAUGACACAUAUCCAAUUGAAUUUGAAACGCCAUCCGGAAAUCAUAAUGCAAUGCAUCAGUUUGAAUUAAAUCCACCUUUACGAGCACGUUAUAUUCUUCUUGGCGUUACGGAAUACGAACAGAAUCCUUGCAUCCGUUUUGAUGUGCAAGGAUGUUUGGCACCACUUUCAGUUGCUCAUGAAAUUCCUUCUCAUUUACAGGUUGGUUGGAACGCAUCUGUACCACAAUGUGUCGACAGUGAACCACCAACAUUUCAUAAUUGUCCAACAAAUCCGGUUUAUAUUCUAACAGAUGAUAAUGGACAACUUUUACCAGCUAUUUAUGAAAUACCAACUGCAGCUGAUAAUUCCGGAUCAGUAGCAUAUAUACAUGUAACACCGGAUGGUUUUGAACCACCAAAAAUGAUUUCACAUGAUAUGGAUAUUAUUUAUGUAGCAUUUGAUGAUGCUGGUAAUGCAGCAGAAUGUAUUAUACAACUUCGAAUACCUGAUACACAACCACCUGUGAUGAAAUGUCCUGAUUCAUAUAUUGUUCCGGCUAAUGAUGGCGAAUUUGAAAAAUUAAUUACAUUUAAUGAAAGUACAGUACAAGUGGUAAUUCAGGAUACGUCUAAUAUUACGGAUGUAACAUUUGAACCAUCUGAAGCUUUACUUACUCUUAGUUCACAUGUUACAGUUGAAGUUACCGCUACUGAUAGCGCAUCAAAUCGUAAUAAAUGCAAAUUUCAAGUAUCUCUUCAAGCAAAACCAUGUUCAUCGUGGUCAUUGAUCGGUGAAGAAAAUGUUGAAAAAGAAUGUCAAAUGCAAGGUACCACAACUAUAUGUAACGUUAAAUGUGCCAGGAAAUUCACGUUUGUUAAUGAAAAAAACGCUACGCAACAAUUUACAUGUACCAAUGGUGUAUGGUCACCAUCAAAUGUGGUACCAGCUUGUGUACCAGUUACUUUAGAACCAGCUCGUUAUGAAUUAACUGUCAGUAUUGAAUAUGCUGUUUCAACUCCUGUUGGUAGUGAAUGUCUUAAGGGUUAUUCGGAAUAUAUUAGCACAUAUUUCAACACAUUGGAUGCAAUCUUAUCACAACGUUGUUCAUCAUCCAUUGAAGUCGUUGUACAUUUCUUGGAUGUUCAAUUCAUAAGUACAAUGAAUGGUAUCAUUGCUAAUUACACUAUUCAAAUACUUCCAACUGUUUUACAAGAUGUGUUCUAUGAAUUAUGUGGUUUAACAUUGCGAACAAUUUUUGAUUUACGGAUACCAGGUGCUACCACACCUGUGCAAAAUCUUCUUCAUAUAAAUGGUGAAACAAUUGCAACACAAUCAGUUGGUUGUCCAUCGUUGAAUGCAACAAAAACUGUUGUUGUACAGGGUUUUGGUUGUGCAGAUGGUGAAAUUCUACGAGAAGGCAAUACGGAAACAUCACCGGAAUGCCUGCAAUGUCCAAAAGGAACAGUUCAUAUCAAUAACAGUUGUGAAUUAUGUCCAGCUGGAAGUUAUCAGGAUGAAGUAGCUCAAAUAACUUGUAAACCAUGCCCGGAACAAACAUUUACACAAUUUCCCGGUUCUCAAACAUUCAAUGCUUGUCUUGCUGUUUGUGGAAAUGGUAUGUACAGUGAUACAGGUUUAAUUCCUUGUCAAUUAUGUCCGCGGCAUACUUUUGCUGGUCCUCCAACAUUUGGUGGCUAUAAGAAAUGUGAACCGUGUCCACAAGGUUCAUAUACAGCAAAAUUAGGCUCAACUGGUCCAUCACAAUGCAAACUUCCAUGUCCAGCUGGUCAUUUCUCAUUAACAGGUUUGGAACCAUGCUCACCAUGUCUUAUCAAUUGGUAUCAACCUGUGCUUGGGCAACAAAGAUGUAUAGAAUGUCCGAAUAAUACGAUAACAAAAGAUGCGGGUACGGUGGAAGAAACCGAUUGUAUGCCAGUUGAUUGUUCAACAGUAAAAUGUGAAAAUAAGGGUGCUUGUAUGGUGGAAAAUCAUAAAGCUCUUUGCUUUUGUCGACCUGGAUAUACUGGUAAACAUUGUGAAGAACAAAUGCCAUUAUGUAAUACACAACCAUGCUUUAAUGAAGGAAUUUGUGAAGCUGCAGCUGGCACAUUUCGUUGUAUUUGUGCGCAAAAUUAUACGGGAAGUAGAUGUCAAUUUGGUCCUGAUGAAUGUAUCGGAAUGAGUUGCCCAAAUGGUGGUGUAUGUCAUGAUUUACCUGGAUUGGGAACAACUAAAUGCAUUUGCAGGACCGGUUUUACUGGUUCAGAUUGUUCACAAAUUGUUGAUCCAUGUUUUAUGGAUAAUCCAUGCAAAAAUGGCGCUGAUUGUGUUCCAUUACAACUGGGACGAUUUAAGUGCAAAUGUUUACCAGGAUGGACCGGACAAACAUGUUCUAUCAAUAUUGAUGAUUGUGAAGAUAAUCCAUGCGCAAUGAAUGCAACUUGCACCGAUCUCGUUAAUGAUUUUCGUUGUGAAUGUCCGGAAGGAUUUACCGGUAAACGAUGCCAUGAAAAAAUUAACCUUUGCGCGCAAAAUCCAUGUAUUAAUGGUAUAUGCGUUGAUAUGUUACAUACACAACGUUGUAUAUGUGAACCAGGAUGGACCGGUGAAAUUUGUGAUGUUAAAAUUAAUCAAUGCGCUUCACAUCCAUGCUUAAAUGGUGCUACAUGCAAAGAUCAGAUUGACGGAUUCAGCUGUCAAUGUGCACCGGGUUUUCAUGGUUUUCUCUGUCAACAUAUGACCGAUCAUUGUGCUACUUCACCAUGCAGGAAUCAUGCAACAUGUGUGAAUCAAGGAGCACAAUAUAUGUGUGAAUGUUUACUUGGUUUUGAAGGUGCACAUUGUGAACACAAUAGAAAUGAAUGUGAUUUAUUACAUAAAUGUUCUCAAGAAGGUACCGAACUUUGUGAAGAUUUAAUUAAUGGUUACAAAUGUAAUUGCCGUCACGGAUAUGCUGGUGAAUUAUGUGAAAUUCAUAUUGAUCAGUGUGCAUCCGAACCGUGUCUUAAUAAUGGUACCUGUGUAGAUACCGGUUCACAAUUCCGAUGUGAUUGUCCACGUGGUUGGAAAGGUAAUAAAUGUGAGGAAGAAGAUGGCUUAUGUGCAUUAAAUCCAUGCCAUAAUGAUGCACAUUGUGUUAAUCUUGUCGGUGAUUAUUUUUGUGUAUGUCCAGAAGGUGUUAGUGGAAAAGAUUGUGAGAUUGCACCAAAUCGUUGCCUGGGUGAACCAUGUCAUAAUGGUGGUGUAUGCGGUGAUUUUGGUUCACAUUUGGAAUGCACCUGUCCAAAAGAUUAUAUUGGUGCUGGCUGUCAGUAUGAAUUAGAUGCAUGUCAAGAAGGCGUAUGUCAGAAUGAUGCCGUUUGCGAAUUACUUGAAGGUGGCAACUACAGAUGCAUCUGUGAACCAGGUUUUACCGGACAAAACUGUGAAACAAAUAUUAAUGACUGUUCACCUUCACCAUGUCCACUUGCAGCAACUUGUAUCGAUCAGGUUGGUGGUUUCUUCUGCCAAUGCCCAUUUAACAUGACCGGUUUAAACUGUGAUAAGAUUAUUGAUGAAGAUUAUGAUUUUCAUUUCUAUGAUUCAAUAUUGCCUGCAGCAGCAGCACUAUCGGUUCCAUUUAAAUUUACAUCAACUGCUUUUACCAUUUCAUUAUGGGUUAAAUUUGAUACACCAUUAACACGUGGAACUGUUUUAACCCUUUAUAAUAGCAGAGAAAGUAAUUAUCCAUCAAAAAUUAGCGAACUAUUGCGAAUAUCAGCUGUCAAUAUACAUUUAAAUCUUUUACACGAUGAAACACCGCUUAAUCUUCAUUUUCCACCAACACAACGGCUAAAUGAUGGUAAUUGGAAUAACUUAGUGAUAACAUGGCAAUCAACUGAUGGUUCCUAUUCGUUAAUUUGGAAUGCUGUCCGAAUUUAUGCUGAUGUUGGCUAUGGUACUGGCAAAACUUUAGACAUAAAUGCAUGGAUAUCACUUGGUGAACCAAUAAAUGAAUUUUCAAAUGAGCCAAAAUUUGUUGGAUCAAUAACACGGGUUAAUAUUUGGAAACGUGUAAUUGAUUUCGAAGCAGAAAUUCCCUCAAUUGUUCAUCAAUGCCAACAACAACAGGUUAUCUAUAAUGAUCUUAUCUUACGUUUUGCUGGCUACACUCGACUUUCUGGAAAAGUUGAAAAAGUUGUGAGAAGUACUUGUGGACGAAAUUACAAUCAUCAACCUAUUAAGAAAAUAGAAAUUCUCGGUUGUCCAUCGGAUAUUUUUGUUAUCUCACAUCAAAAAGAGAUAAAUAUCACAUGGCAAGAACCAGUAUUUAAGUCAACGAAUGGAAAUGUAGAUGUUAAAAGAAAUUUGAAAUCUGGUCAAGUAUUUACAUGGGGAGAAUAUCUUGUGGUUUAUCAUGCUAAAGAUAAUCAUUCCACGGCUGAAUGCAUCUUUAAGGUUCAUGUAUCGCGUGAAUUUUGUCCUACGUUGCAAGAUCCAUUACAUGGUGUCCAGGCUUGUGAAUCAUGGGGUCCACAGUUGCGUUAUAAGGCUUGUUCCAUUGAAUGUGAAAGCGGUUAUGAAUUUAGCACUGAACCACCAAUUUUCUACACCUGUUCAUCGGAUGGUCAAUGGAGACCACGAUCUGUUAAUGCUUACACAUUUCGUUAUCCACAAUGUACUAAAGCACAUCCUGCUAUACGAGUUGCUGAAGUAUCCAUCAAUUAUCCUACCGUAUCAAUUUGUAAUGCAGCAGGUCGAAAUACAUUAGCUGAAAAACUUUCUCAACGAAUUGAAUUAUUGAAUAGCAAAUGGAACAUCUAUUCGAUUAGUAACACAAGUGACCAUUCAACCUUCAACAUAUCGGUAGAAUGUUUUGCCGGAAAUGAAGAAACUACCGCAACAACAGUUGAUACAACUCUAAGAUUACGUCGUGAAGCACAAACCUAUUUCAACGUGAAAGUUUCCAUACCUAUUACAAAUGAUAUUUUGGAGAAUCGUAAAACAGGACAACGAGCAAAAGUAUCAGAUGUAUUGGAGAAUGAAAUUUUACUCGAAGAUAUAUUUAGUUUGGAACAGGUAAUUCCUAAUGGUCGACCGGAUUUGAAUAGUUUCGAGUUGAAAGAACGACAUAUAUGUGAAGUAGGAACUGUUAAUAUUCGUAGUCUAUGCGUACCAUGUGCACCGGGUUCAUCUUAUGAUUCAACAACACGCACUUGUAAAUUAUGCAUGAUCGAUGAAUAUCAACCACGUGCAGGACAAACCUCUUGCUUAGCUUGUCCACGAGGAUAUAUUACAACUGCUCCUGGUUCAUCACUUUUAACAGAUUGUAAAAAUGCAUGCGAUGCUGGUUCAAUGUUUAAUAUCAGCAGUGGUUCGUGUGAACCAUGUGGAUUUGGUUUUUAUCAGCCAACAUCGGGUGCUUUCAAUUGUAUCCCUUGUGGUGUUGGAAAGACAACACUAAAAGAGACAUCAACAGCUGAAGAUGAAUGUCGUGAUGAAUGUCCUGAUGGUGAACAUUUAACACAAGUUGGUGUUUGUCUACCAUGUCCACAAGGAACCUAUCGUACACGUGGUAUUCAUAAAAGUUGUGUUGAUUGUCCAUCUGGUACCACUACCGAAGGAACUUCAUCUGUUCGUCGUAUGCAAUGUAAUAUACCGAAAUGUUCUGCGGGACAAUUUCUUGUUACUACUACUAAACAAUGUCAAUUUUGUCCUCGAGGAACAUUCCAGGAUGAAGAAAUUCAAACUGUUUGCAAGCAUUGUCCUCCUGAUCAUACCACUGCUACACAAGGUGCAACACAAGCAAGUCAAUGCUAUUCAACAAAUCAAUGUGCUACUGGCGAAGAUAACUGUUCAUGGCAUGCAGUUUGCAUUGAUUUACCAGAUGAUAAUGAUAUUCCAUCUUAUCAGUGUAAGUGUAAACCUGGUUAUAAAGGAAAUGGAACACACUGCCAAGAUGCUUGUAAUAAUUUUUGCCUUAAUGAUGGUACUUGUAAAAAGAAUCCAAUUGGUUAUGUUGAAUGCAUUUGUAAGGAGAAUUUCUCAGGCGAUCGUUGCGAGGUUCGCUUCCAAGCACGGACACAAAAAGUAGCUCUUAUCACAGCUGGUAUUGGUGGUAUGGUAACAAUUCUUGUCAUCAUUGUUAUUAUCAUUUGGAUGAUAUCAUAUCGAUUUAAUCGAGUUGAAGAUUCAUCAGAACCGGAAAAAUGUCCGGUUGAAGAAAAUACUCAUACCAAUUUUCUGUAUGGACGGGUUCCAAGUGAACAACCAAGGUUGGUAUACAGGAAAAAUCAUAUAGGAAAUUAUAAGCCAAUAGGUUAUUAUUAUGAAGAUGAUGAUGAGUAUGAUAUGAAAACGAUGUUUGUGGGUGAAGAAGAAAAGGAAAUAGCAGAAAGGGUACGGCAUGCUCAGGCGCAUAUGUAUACGCCAUCAAAUAAUAGGCUUGAUUAA